UGAGCUUUAAUCUUUGAACCUUUUGUUUGAAGCUCCUCGUUAUUCCAGUAGCUCAACAUCCUGCAAAAUGGUAGUUGAAACACAUUACAAAGGCAUAAACAAACGCAAAAUUCUCUCACUAUGUGAUUUAUUUCUAACAAAAUUUGGUUCUCGGGGUUUAACUGUACAUGCAGGGAUAUGAUGCAUUAAGUGUACUCAUUUUCUAUUUUUCUUCUAGUAUUUAUCUUCUUAAUUUUCCUAUUUAGCAUUUUAAAAGUGAGCCAAUAGCGAUAUACUCUUGUAUUAAAAUGAAACUAGAAUUUCAUGGAAGAAAGUCUUUUUUUGGUCCACCGCAAUGUACUGACUGCAAACCAAUUUUUCCAUCAAUUGGUUGGUGUUUCUUCAGUAGUGAGUGGGAUGGAUUUGUGUUUUCUGCUAUUUUUUAUUCAAAACAAAUGUGGAUGGAGUCAUGGGUAAGGAUGUGUAUGCUUCAGCAGUGAUUUGCAUAUAUUUUUGACCUUUGGACUGUGAAUUGAGUCUGGCAUGGAGUCAUACUAUAGUAUCUAUUACCUUUGGACCUCACAGUAAAGGGUACAGCUUCCUAGUUCGUUCUACUUUUAUGAUCCAUCCAUUGUUAGAGAUUCAUGCUUAAUAUACGAGUGAUAUGCUUUGGCUGCCUAUGAACCAAGAGGCUAACCAAAUUCCUGAAGUUUCAAGAACCUAGGAUCGCCUUCUUUCUUUUCCAUUCCUUUUACUUUUAUAUUGGUUGGGAUGGGAGGUACAAGAGGGUUCUAAACAGAAAGUUCUCUUGCUUCUUGGAUGAAUCUACACUUCUGCAUUUUGUUGAAGAGAUGUCUCCUUUUCCUUUUCUGAAAGCAUUGCUUGGGAUGCAGAGUAACCUUCCUUUUGUUUAUCUAUCAGGUCCCCUAAAAAGACUGGAGAGAUUGCUAAGUCAAUCAGGAAACAAGACUUGUGCCGAUUGUGGAUCUCCAGAUCCAAGAUGGGUGUCGUUAAGUUAUGGAGUUUUUAUUUGUAUCAAGUGUUCAGGCGUUCAUAGAAGCCUUGGGGUACAUCUAUCGAAGGUUCUAUCAAUCAAGCUAGAUGAAUGGACAGAUGAACAGGUGAACGCUCUGAUAGAUUUGGGUGGCAAUACAGCUGCAAACAAGAAAUAUGAAGCUUCUAUGCCAGACGAUUAUAGAAAACCAAGACCAGAUGCCUCUACAGAGGAGCGUUAUGAUUUUAUUAGGAGAAAAUAUGAGCUGAAGGAAUUUUCAAACUGCGAUGACAAAAUGUCCAGCCCAUUUCCAGGUUCUAUAAGUUCAUUACCCACUCCUUCAAAUAGUUGUCCUUCCCAAGACAAGAAACAGUAUGAAAAACAAGCAACCAGGCAUCGUAUUGGGAAUGCAUUUCGUAACAGCUGGGGAAGAAAAGACUCCGAGCACAAGCACACAAAAAAGAGCUACUCUUUGGCAGGUAUGGUUGAAUUUAUUGGAUUAAUCAAGGUUAAUGUAGUCAAAGGAACUAACCUAGCUGUCCGGGAUGUGAUGACUAGUGAUCCAUAUGUAAUCAUUUCCUUGGGCCAGCAAUCAGUGAGGACACGCGUCAUAAAGAACAACCUGAAUCCAAUCUGGAAUGAAAGUCUAAUGUUGUCAAUUCCAGAACAGAUUCCUCCUCUGAAAGUGCUUGUUUAUGACAAGGAUACAUUCUCAACCGAUGACUUCAUGGGGGAGGCUGAGAUAGACAUUCAACCACUUGUUGCUGCUGCUAAAGCGUAUGAGAAUUCAACCAUCACUGAGUCAAUGCAGCUUGGUAAAUGGAUAGCAGGCCAGGAAAACACCCUUGUUAAAGAUGGAAUUAUCACACUAGUAGACGGAAAGGUAAAGCAAGAAAUCAGCCUCAAGCUAAAGAAUGUAGAGAGAGGGGUGCUGGAGAUUGAGCUUGAAUGUGUUCCUCUUACCCAAUAGUUACAUAGAGACACUAAGAAACUAAAAACAUGGUGAUACCAUAUUUGAAAUUGGCUUUGAAUGUUGAAUUCACCAUGGAAGAACCUUUUAACCUGCUGUUGUUGUAAACUGUUGUAGCCCUUGUUUCAUUACAAAUAAUUUGCCUGACAGGAAUUAUUAGGGUUUCCAUUAACGAAUUGUAUAUAGCUUGUGUGAUUUUAUAACGCCAACACCAGCGAUGCAACCAAAUUUUGUAUCCUGACGAAUCUUUUUUCGGUUGGUGCAAAAUCUUCAGGGUUCUGCAACUUCCUUGA